CUAUAAUGUAUUUAACUGGAAUUCACAGUAGUGACCGAAGGCUUUAAUUCGAGAAGAAGAACAUAUUCUUUCCGAAAAUACAGCGACAUUUGGUUUGUAAUAUGGAAGUCAGCAGGAACUGCGCGCUUGCGUUUGCGCAGUACAGGGAGUCAGUGUGGAACACAUCUGCAAGUGUGGGAACUUCCACCAGGAAGAGCAGAAAUAUUUGUUAUCAAGGACAUUGAGGUUAUAAACUUUUAUUUUAAUAUUAAAUUACAUUAAUGGAAGAAUUUGAUUGGAAUGUUCAAAAUGAGUGUAGUUUAUUAGAGUCUAUGAUAGGGCAUAAACCAACAGGUGUGAAUAAAUUUUUCCAAAUGCUGGCAAUUUUCGAUAAAUUUCAAGAAAAAGUAGACAAAGAAAUCAUGGGCAAGGUAAUAUGGUCGCAUUUGGAAACAAUGUAUAACCUGGAAGCAUUAGAUGAAAGUGACAUCGUACCUUUUCCAAAUUCCAAUAUCGACUUUGAAUUACCCGACUGUGAUUUUGCUACACUGAUAGAAAUGAAAGUAGAAGAAACAAAAAAUGUGCAGAAGGGGUGCGAACCAUCUAAAAAUGUGAAAGAUUUCAAGAGGGAUGACAGAACCCCAACUGGUAGCGUAAAAGAGGUACAUCAAAGAAGAGAUAGUAAAGAUAGUAGAAGUUCUUCAUCUUCUCGAAAAGAAUCAAAAUCUGAUAAACCGCAAAAAAGUAAUAAAGGUAGAAGUACUUCUAUGUCUAAGGAUGAGACGUCAAAAAGUGGAAAAUUGAAAGGUGAGGAAAGAGGGAGAUCUGCUAAAAGGUCAACUAGAGGGAGUUUAAAACCUGACGAUGGAAAUAACAGUGGAAAGUCUAGUCCUAUUUCUGUAGGAAAUUCUGGAAUCAAACGGAGACGUAUAUAGUAAAAUAAGAUCACGUUUAUUCACCCCAUUGCUUCUCAGACAGUCCUUUGCUGAUUACAGAUUAUUUCAAGUGUUUGUUAUAAUUGUGAAUUGUAAUAGGUAAAUGUUUUGCAUAUUGAUAUUCUCACCAGGAAAACUUCAGGUCUUCAAGAUUUAGCAAUUGCCAGGUCGAGUGUGGAAAGUAGUUACAACACAUCUCAUUUUACGAGAUUGAUCAGAAAUGUAUUUAUUUAAAGGUAAUCUUUGUUGUAUAUUUCAAAUAAAUUUCCAAAAAAAAAUCUUAUUUGUUGA